UUUUCCCUCGUCAACUCCACUCUGAUCUGAGACAGAACUAUUAACCCAUUUUCUUUCUUUCUUUUUUGUUUUUUUAAAAAAAGAGUAUUUAUUUUAGAGAGAGUGAGGGAACUCCUGUAACUUCAAAGUUUCUGUUACUGAUUUUAAUUUUUUAUUUUUUUUACUUUGAUGAUGAUUUUUUUGAAGAAGUGAUCACCGGCAAGGACUUUCGUCGGAGGCAACAUGAAGAGAAUCCAGCCGUUCACUAUCAGCACGAAACUGUCCGUGCCGGUCGAGUCCAAAUGCACGGAGUGUGCGGAUAUCUACCAGGCAGCUCCCACUGCGGACAAGCUGAUAAACACUCAGAACCAUCUGACCAAAGACUGCAAUGACCCACACCCUCCACACGCUUGGGCCCAACAGGUAGACCCUGCGGUCUCACCUGUCGAGGACAUUCUGGAGGACCAGACCUUGGAUUCACCCUUGUCAUCCUCCAGGUCAAUCAAAAAGAUUGCUAUAUGCACCAGCGGUGAGAUUCAGGAGGAAAAGAGCAAUGUUGUGCCAAGGCAAAGCCAGGGUGGCAUCAGCGACGAUGACAAUAACAGCAUAAACAGUAAAAAUGGCUCUGUUCCAGUCCCUCAGUCUGUUCAGGGGGAAUGUGAGGACAUUUCUACUCAGCUGAAGAACGAGCCACAUCCAAGGCUCAAAGCACGAGACCUGAAGUGUUCCUGCACUGUUCCGACAUGCCCAGCACAGCGUUCCGACGGGACAGCACGAGACCUGAAUUGUUCCUGCACUGUUCCGACAUGUCCAGCACAGCGCUCUGACGGGACAGCACAGGCCCAACAGUGGGAACUCAAGGACUUUGAGAACUCUCUCAUACAGCUCACAGCCAGCCUGGACUUCAGGGAGGAAGAUCCGCAGGAGAAGCACGAGCUUCAGGACUUCAGCUCAGAGAAACUGCAGGAGUCAGAGGACAUGGAUGACCAUAACAGACCGUGGCUGAGGUUGCACACCCUCCUGAAGAACUACCAGAAGGACCUGAUGCUGGCGCUGGAUGUGUCCAAUUUUUAUCAGCAAGCAGACAACCUGAUCAAGACCAUCAACAGCAAGAGACGAAGUGUAUCACUUCCAAACAAUCAGGGAAGGUGUGUCGACGCAGAAAUGGGCGAGAUCGCCACUCAAAUCAGAAUGCUGAGUGAGACUGCAUCGCGCCUCGCCGACCUCCACCCAACACUGGCCACCAGGGUGACGCGCAAGCAGGCCGAGGUCAAGCACAGCUGGGCCCGCCUCCAGGACACCCUCAGGAACCAGAGAACCGAGGAUCCUCAGGUUCCACCACAGUGCUCGGCCAAUGAGAAGCUGUGCAGCACCACCUCGGCCGCCCCGAGCACCGCAGAACCCGAGGUGCUCGGCAUUAUGGGAAAGGACAUCAAAGAGGAGCAGAACCGCCUGAAAGGGGUCGAGGACACUCUUGACUUGUGGGAUAGAGGGGGGUUAAUGAUGAUGACAGACACGGCUCCUGAAAGCAACACCAGAGCACAAGAUGCCACCAUUGGAAAGGUGGAGGCGGAGGAGGAGGAGUGGAAGCAGCAGGAGACUGACGCCAGCACUGUCCUCUCAGAGGACCGAGGCUCUCGACUCUCUGAACUGGUAGAGGAGUCCACUUCAUCUGCUGAUAAGACGCGGUCAUGGCUGAGGGACAACAUCGCUACGGCGUUCGACCAGGAGAAGCUAGCCGAAGAUCCGAACUGUCCAAAGAUUGAGGAGCUGCUCGAGCAAGUGGAGAUGUUGUGGGCGCUGCUGAGGAGACGAGAGGGGAGACCUGGAGCCUCCUCGGACAAACCGGCUGAAGAGGAGGAGGAGGAGGAGGAGGUGCUGGAUGAGGUAGAUGUGCUGGGAGAAGAAGAGGAGUCAGGCCUGGAGGUGAAGGAAUGUAGCAGGGGUUCUGCACAGGCCAAAGUUCCCCCCGAGAAUGUGGGGGAGUGUGAUUCCGGAAUGCUAACAAAGUUCCUGGAACACCUGGAACAAAAGGACAGCCAUGGAAUGUGGCAGGUGGUUCACGGGCCGAGUGGCGGCGAGCGGUCCGGCUGCCUCAGUGUGGCGGCAGGGAAAGUGGAGACGCUGGAGGUGCGGGUGGACCUGAGCAAAACAGGAAGCGUGAGGAAGCCGUCCCCGGCACACCAUCAAGCCACAGAGCAACUCAUGAACCUGCUCUCCACCCUGACGCUGCGCAUCAACGAGCACCUGUCGCGCUGUGCCGAGCUCAGCAUGGACAUCCUGGAUCUGGAGUCCAACAUGGCCGCCCUCGGCGACCCCGACCUCACAGGCCUGGAGGGCCUGCAGGAGCAGCAGGACGACCUCGAGGUUGAUUUCCAUAUCAUGGAAGGGGAGGUGGAAGACAUGGAGAAACUAGCCGCUCACCUGAAAACCGUUCCCCCCGAGCGGUCAGUGCUCCUCGGGGAGGAGGUCCAGGCGACCCUGCAGGCUUGGGAGGAGGUAGGCCGCAGCCUGGCGGAAAACCGGGGACGACUCAGCAAGUUCAGACACCUGCAGGAGUUCUUCGAGAAGUACCUGGCCAUGAUUGCGUGGGCAGAGGCCACUCGCUCCUGCCUGUUCUCCUGCGGCUCUGGUGCGGCACAGACCGAGGACGAGGGCGAGGAAGGGUCGGUGAUGUCGGAGCUGGACCUCAGGAUCCAGCAGAAGAUGGAGGAGUUUACUCAACUCACUUCGGCUGGACAAACACUGAUGGAUGAUGGCCAUCACCUGGCUGAAAUUAUCAGGGAAAGAACCGAUGAGCUGCAAAGCAUGCUGGGAUGGAUCAGAGACAACUGGAGGUCUCAGAAGGAUCAAGUGAAUCAGAGACAGAGGGCACCAGGUCGUGCGGAAGGCUCCGGAAACGCUCUCCUGGCACCCGAGAAUAAGUCAACAAGCCCGAGGCUCUCAGACUCACAGAGAGUGAAAGAGAGUCUUCUUUCUCCUCAAGCUCAGCCAGUCAGUGACAAAGAUCCAACCAACCAAUCACUGAGUCCCGAGCGCCCGCAUACAGGAAGUGUGUCCAGCAGUCUCAGUGUCACAAGCGCACCGAGAGUUGCCACGGUCCCCGUUCACCCCGGCUCAGCCAGCGUCACUAGCGUCUCCAGCGUUGUCGCUGACGACCCGACGGGCAAGGUGACGAGGCCCCUGGGCAACAGCAUCUGCCUCAUCCUGAGCUUCGACGAAGAGGAGCGUGGAAUCAGCCAGGUGCAGACCCCCCCCGAGCUGACCGCAGCUGCUGAGGAGCCCUCGGAGUCCACACACAGAGUUAGCACUUUCCUACAUGUCAGCGACAACAGCAAAACCCCAGAAAAGUUUUGCGAGGAUGUUUCUGCAUCCGGAACCGGUGAGGACCAACGGCUGCCAUCAUCAUCAUCAUCAUCAUCAUCACCUCCAAACUCCUGCUGCUCCUUCUCCUCCUCGUCAUCAUCAUCUUCCUCAUCAUCUUCAUCGUCUCCAUCCACAUCAUCCCCUUCAUCCUCUCCCUCUGUGCCUGCCGUUAGUUCGGUCUUUAUUCCCACGCUGUCCAAAAUGGCCGCCGUCCCAUCACGCCUGGACGAGAAGGUCGCGACACCAGGGAAGAAGCAGCGCAGGAGCUCCGCGCUUGGCAUUGCAGGACUGGAUGACUCAGCGUCCAGAGCGUCCACCGCCUCUGGCUCUCCUUCCUCCUCCGCUGUUGCGUACUGCACCAACACGUGGCCACUAGGCCAUCGGAGGCCGAGGCCGAGGCGUUCGCCCGCCAGCGCCAAGCUGCAGGUGUACGUGAAGCCAAACCCUCUUCUUCUUCUCAAUGCCGGCCAGACUGGGAGACCUGAGGCAGGAGCCGCCUCACGUCUGCGCGACCAGGUACACUCUCACUCAACACAGCGCAUGCCAGCAGAGACCAGCGCCACUAGCAGUCAGAUCAGGAGCCAGCGGUGCUACUUAUCCCUGGGCUCCACUCUUAGCUUCAACCUGCCCAAGGACCUGGGUCAGCUGCCGUCAGUGCCUGUUCUUAACGUCCACAAUCCACCACCGAAAGACCUGGGUCAGCUGCCGUCAGUGCCUGUUCUUAACGUCCACAAUCCACCACCGAAAGACCUGGGUCAGCUGCCGUCAGUGCCUGUUCUUAACGUCCACAAUCCACCACCGAAAGACCUGGGUCAGCUGCCGUCAGUGCCUGUUCUUAACGUCCACAAUCCACCACCGAAAGACCUUGGUCAGCUGCCGCCCAUGCCUGUUCUUAACAUCCACAAUCCACCAAUGGAGAUCAGUACCGCUGCUGUUGGCUUGGGCUCUGAUACCCAGGCCUCGCGCCAACAGCCCCGGCCAACAUCCCUGCCCACUGCCCUGCCAACUGCCCCUCAGGAGCCACAGCAGAUUCCAUCCUUGUCCAAACAGAAACAGUUCAUCCUUAGCCCAGUUGAGGAAGCAAAACAUGAGACUCCGUGGGAGCAAGAACAUGAGGAGGAUCAUCUGUCUGACACUAAGGUUCCUGAAUCUUCACUGUCAUCGACAAGUGAUACCAUUAGCACCAUUAAUAGUAGUGCCACUGUUAGCUCUGGCCCUAACCAUUCCCCAAGGAGCUCUGACUUAGCCAAAGUGCAGUCAAAGGUUGCUCCGGUCAUUACCCCCCCUAAAGGUGAGGAUAAGGAUGUUGUCCAGUUAAUGGAGAUGAAGGCUAAUGAUGAAGACAGUACGAGUAAAGCCAACGUUCUUCCACUGAAGAAGUUACCUUAUGGUGCUACUAUCAAGCCAAACCACACUUCUGUUGUUCAAGCGACGGGCUGUCUUCACAAGUGCCUGAGUGUUCACACUAAAAUUAAGGACCUCAAUGGACACAUUUAUCACAGGCCAAAAGACAUGAACUUUAUUAAGUCAAACUAUAUAGCUAGCACAACAGAAUACAGAUCUAGUGUUAGUGGGGACUCGGUGAGUUCAAACGGAAGGCUGAGUGCUCAUAAGAUCAGUCGCAUCAUAGUCUGCGCCGACGUCAAUUGUUCAGUGUGUUCUGAUACUCCCGUAUCCAUGACAACAGCCAGCUCUAAAGGCUCAAACAUUGGGGCCCGUGGCAACUGCGUGGAUUCCAUUCAGCCCGGUCACUGGGAGUUUGAAGAGGAAGAGGAAGAGCUGAAGGGGAUUUGGUAUGGUAAAGGUAACCAUGGCGACAGACAGGAAGUUCAGGCUGCUGGACUCCCUGCUGCGAGUUCAAAGGGCAAAACCAGACGGACGAUUCCAUUAGAGAAGCUAGGGGAGCCUCUGAUCCAGUGUCCUUCUCUGCAGUCCCCUGUCCAGAGGGCCCACGAAGGGUGUGACGUGUUUGUCUGCAAGGAGGAGGAGGUCACCCCUGGAAGUCCAUCGCCGUCUCAGGCUCAGUGGGGGGAGAGCAGUGGGCAACGUCUGAGUGACCCUGAGACAGCGCUUCCUCUGGAGACGGCAGAGGGGGCCCUCUCUCUUAAGUCAGAGUCCUCCAGUCGCAGUGUUCAUGAAUUUUCUGUCAACACGAAGAAGGAACCCGUGGCCUUCACCCUUAAAUUGCAAGGGGGGCCCUCUGGUUACACCGCUGUGCACGCCAGCGAAGGACCGCUCUGUCUGAAACAUCCCGGGAGAACCGAAGAGCACACAGACAUGAGGCUUCCACAAGUCGCGCAGAGCGCAUUUAGCAUCACCAGCGCAAACUGACAAGCAUGUAGAGACAGGGCGCAAGGGAUGUUCUGGACAAAACACUGUAAAAAUAAAACUGAACAUAGAGACUGAGCCCCCCCCCCCACUGCAAAAGUUAUAAGGCCUAGGCUACAGGGUGAGAGAUUGCUGAAUAUAAUGCCUAUUGCAUAUCGUUUACUUUUGACAGAGUGUGAAGACAGCAUGGUAUGACAUCUCUUGUUGCUCUUUUAGAGUGUUUGUGACCAAUGUUCUUCCUCGCACUCUUUUUUUGUAUUUUCUUUCGGGGAAAAUAAAGGAAACUUGCUAACAA